AUGGCUGUCAUUCCUCCGUCUGGUGGUGGGCCAGGGUCGAUCCAAGAAGAUGCCGCAGAUCUCCUUGUGAGCACUCUCGCGAGCACAGGCUCGUACUGCGGCUGCUUCUUUUCUGCAUCCGAAUCCUCUCUUUCUUCGACAGUCUGUUCGAUUGUGUCAUCGCGAGGGCUUGGCGGUGGCCUCGAAUCGCUUUGCCUGGGAAUAGCGCCCUCAGAAUCGAGCGCACCAUGA